AUGGUGGUCAAGGGAGUUUGUCCUGAGAUUUGUCAGUUAGCAGCGCUAGGGGGCGGUUCGAAUGGCGCAUCGCUGCCGCAGUGCAUCCAGAAUCAAGAUCCUUAUCUGAGCGCUUCCCUGCCUGGAGGUACAGCCGAGCGUGCGGUGCGAUCUGCGCUGCCAAGAAUCGGUAUGCAAGAACCUGGACAAGCCCUCGGGCAGGAAGCUGAAGGUGACGGAGCGCUUGCGAUGGGGGAUGAGCAGGUUCGGGACAUCCUGCGGUUUCCUGGUCCCUCGUCGAAGAGCAGAAAACGGGUCCACAAGAAGGGGAAGAAGAAGGGGAAGACAGUUUCGAUGCUGGCGGCAGACGAGCGGCUUCUAACAAGCGCGGAGAUGCUUGCGGAGAUGCGGGAACUCGAGGAAGAGAAGCAAAGAAAAGAGAGGGAAAGACAAGAAAGGGCUCUAGAGCGGGAGAGAAAAGCAGAGGAAAAGAAGGAGACAGAGAAAAGAAAAGCAGAGGAGAGGAAGAGGAAGGAGGCUGAGCGGGAGGGAAAAAGACGGAGGGAGACUUAG